CUGGGUGGGUGUUAAUUUCAAUCUGCAGUCAGAUGUCCUUAAAUUUGACCCUCUGGUACAGGGUCACUUGCCAUGGUGGGGAGGGAGAGAUUUUUUCCUUGUCUUUCUCCUUCUCUUUUUUAUACUUCCUUCUUGGGCAAAAGGCUGGCGUAAUAGAAAACAGACACGAGUCAGAAUGUGAGGCAUUCACAGGAGAAAAAGUUCAGUUCCGUCCUCACUGUGUGGAUAAGUCAGGAGAGGAUACACAGAAAAGGCUAAGUAGUCUAAUUAUACAGUGUUUGUUGUUUUUACUAUGUGGGGGAGAUCAUGUUGUUGUUAGCUAGUGUGUCACAGCGUCAGAUCAGGAUCAGGAUGGACCCUCCAUGCCAUCGGCACGGACUUGGCAUGGGAUGGCUGUGAAAAUGUGGACAAAGUUAUGUCUGAACGGAGCGUGCAGUCCAACUUCUUCUCCAGAUUCUAGUUGAAAAGCUUCUAUGACCACCAUGAGCUGGAGCUUUCUCACGCGUCUUCUGGAAGAGAUCCACAACCAUUCCACCUUUGUAGGGAAAGUGUGGCUCACGGUGCUCAUCAUAUUCCGCAUUGUGCUGACCGCCGUGGGGGGCGAGUCCAUCUACUCUGACGAGCAGACCAAGUUCACCUGUAACACCAAGCAGCCCGGUUGUGACAACGUGUGCUACGAUGCCUUCGCCCCACUCUCACAUGUCCGCUUCUGGGUUUUCCAGAUCAUCAUGAUCUCCACCCCCUCAGUAAUGUACCUGGGCUACGCCAUCCACAAGAUAGCCCGCACCUCCGAGUUGGAGCGCCGGAAGUUCCACCGCCGGAAGAAGCUCAUUCAUGCUCAAAGGUGGACGGAUAGCCACCCGCUUGAGGAGGUGCGGGAGGAGGAUGAGGACAACGAUGCAGAGCCUAUGAUCUACCAGGAGGAGGUGGUGGAAGCCCAAGAAGUCAAGCCUGAGCCGGCCAAGCCGCAGAAACAUGACGGCCGCCGGCGGAUCAUGCAAGAGGGCCUGAUGAGAAUCUAUGUCCUUCAGCUACUGUCCCGGGCCAUGUUUGAGAUCGGCUUCCUGGCGGGCCAGUAUCUUCUCUACGGCUUCCGUGUUAAUUCAUCAUAUGUGUGCAAUAAGUUGCCCUGUCCCCACAAUGUAGACUGCUUUAUAUCUCGGCCGACGGAGAAGACCAUUUUCCUGCUCAUCAUGUAUGUCGUCAGCUGCCUCUGCCUGCUCCUCAACGUGUGUGAGAUGUUCCACUUGAGCAUUGGAACAUUCCGAGACACUCUCCGCAAGAGGAGGAAUCAGGAGGGUCGACGGCCCUCGUACAGCUACCCGUACUCCCGUAACAUCCCCGCCUCUCCCCCCGGGUACAACCUGGUCAUGAAGUCAGACAGGCCCAACCGGAUUAUCCCCAACAGUCUAAUUAUGCACCAUGAGCAGAACAUGGCCAACGAUGUCCAGGAACAUAACCAAGAGUGCACGAGUCCAGAUGACAACAUCCCCUCGGACCUAGCCAGCCUGCACCGCCACCUACGGGUGGCCCAGGAGCAGCUCGAAAUGGCCUUCCAGACCUACAACACCAACAAGAACCAGCCCACCUCGAGGACAAGUAGUCCUGGAAGCACCUUGGCAGAGCAAAUCAGGGUCAACACAACCCAGGAGAAACAAGGAGCCAGGCCAAAAUCAGCCACUAUCGAGAAAGCUGGGACCGUUGUAAAAAAUGGAAAGAGUUCUGUAUGGAUUUAGGAAUUAUUAACUUCACGUGGUACAGUAAUCUUAGUGAAAAAUUAUUUUCAAUCUCCAGGUCCAUAUUCUGUGGAUAAUGGAAGAUGUGAAAUGAGACAAGAUAGGUAAAAGCUUUGGAGCGUGAAUCGAUUGCUCUGCCUGAAUAGAUUUAGCUUUGUCACUAGGAGAAACCAGCAGUUGUGACGUGUCAGAUCAGGAGCACACAAAAUAGGCACGAUUUACAUGUGAUAUCAAAACAAUGGUAAACAAAAAAAGGAAAAACAAACAUGAAGAUAUCACUAAAUACAGUAGUAGUGUAUCCUAUUAUUAGGGUGUCUGUUUGUGCUUUAAAUAACAUAGCUUGAACAUAGUUAAUAUAUGCAUAUGUUGUUUAUUCAAACUUUUCUUAUUUUAGCUACUUACGAAUAUAGGGAGAUAUAAAAUGAACCAUGAUGGCAAUAUAUUUAGAAUUAUUUUUACUGGGAUUAUUAAUUUAACCUUGCUUUUGAACUGGAUUAAUUUGACAGAAUACAUUGAAUUUUGUCUUUAAAACUAUAACAAUA